AUGUCUAGUGAAUUGUACCAAAAGGUCUAUAACUUCCUCACUGUCUCCCCAUUGGAGCUUAUAACUGCUUCCUCAGUUAUUUUCCAGAUUAUUGAAGAAGAGCCUUGGAUCUCUAAAGAAGAAUCCAGAAUCAUAGUAAAUAAUGCUAUUAAUGCUUCAUUAAAUAUAUAUUCUGGCAACACAUCUACACAGAACAAACUACUUAGAAUCUUCACACAGUAUGAUGACGCUUUUGAUGGAAUAUGCAGUUUACGAGAUAUUGGGGCGGUAAAAGUGGUAGAACAAAUCGAGGCCAAUUACACUGAUUUAGUGUCGAAACUUACGGAUAUGCUCCGAUCGAACCCAUCUUCUCUUUAUAAGCGUUUGCUUAAAGAUAUAAAGAGUGUCUCUAUUUCCGAUUUAACAUGGAAAUCCCCUCUUGCCAGCCAAGUAAUUAGUGAUACAUGGGAGAAAAUACGGAAGUUACCCACAAAACUAUAUAACGAAUUUAUGAAACCAGCUCCUAGUUUCUUACCUACGGAAAUUCAAGACGAAUGCAGAAAAUUCGUGUUAUCCUAUUUGAAACACCGAAUAGAGGUCAUUUCUAAUAAGUUAACGCACGAUGGCACCUGGAAAGAGUCAGUUGACGUUCUUAGAGAAGUUACUUUAGUAAUCGUCGAUGUUUUGAGCGAUACAUGGAAAAACUCAGCUUUCAGUUCCGAAUUUGUGGAAUCAAUCAGUGAAGGCACCUAUGUAUCGAAUGUUAUAGUGCCAGCAAUUCGGGCAUCGCUAAAAAACGUCCCGUUGGAAAAGUCUUCUUUUGUUAGCACUUCCGAGCGACAAAGUAGUGCAAGUGCAGAUAGGAAAGGGAAAGGCCGAUUGGGGAGCGGCCUGAUAUAA